AUGUCGUCGGCUCUCAACGCGAUCAAGCUCCGUCGCAAGAAGAAUGUCAAGAAGGGUAUCCAGUUUUGUUUGAUGGUCUGUGGUGCCAGCGGAACUGGCCGUACUACCUUCGUUAAUACCCUCUGCGGAAAGUCAGUUCUUGAGGGCAAGGACUCCGACGAUCCUACCAAUGCUCAUCUUGAGGAAGGUGUCCGCAUCAAGCCCGUUACGGUCGAGCUCGAGUUGGAUGACGAAGGCACCCGCAUCUCUCUCACUAUCGUCGACACCCCCGGCUUCGGUGAUCAGAUUGAUAAUGAAGCAAGCUUUGGUGAGAUCGUUGGAUACCUUGAGCGUCAGUACGAUGAUAUUCUAGCCGAAGAAUCACGAAUCAAACGAAACCCCCGCUUCAGGGACAAUCGUGUCCACGUCCUUCUGUACUUCAUCACACCGACUGGUCACGGCCUGCGUGAGCUGGAUAUCGAAUUGAUGAAACGCCUUUCACCUCGUGUCAACGUUAUCCCCGUCAUUGGGAAAGCUGACUCCCUCACUCCUGCCGAAUUGGCCGAGUCGAAGAAGUUGAUCAUGGAGGAUAUCGAGCACUACCGCAUCCCUGUCUACAACUUCCCUUACGAUAUCGAGGAGGAUGAUGAGGAUACCGUAGAGGAGAAUGCUGAACUGCGUGGGCUUAUGCCUUUUGCCAUCGUUGGCUCUGACGACUUCGUGGAAAUCGAGGGCCGCCAAGUGCGAGCCAGGCAAUAUCCUUGGGGUGUUGUCGAGGUUGAGAACCCUCGCCACUCUGAUUUCUUGGCCAUCCGAAGUGCCCUUCUUCACAGUCACCUUGCAGAUCUGAAGGAGAUCACCCAUGACUUCCUUUACGAGAAUUACCGUACCGAGAAGCUCAGUAAGAGUGUCGACGGUGCUACACCUACCCAAGAUUCGUCGAUGAACCCAGAAGACCUAGCAUCCCAGUCUGUGCGGCUGAAGGAGGAGCAACUCCGUCGCGAGGAGGAGAAACUCCGCGAGAUCGAACUGAGGGUGCAGCGUGAGAUUGCUGAGAAGCGCCAGGAAUUAUUGGCUCGUGAGAGCCAGUUGAGAGAGAUUGAGGCUCGUAUGGCACGCGAAUCAAGCAGCCAGGAUGUCGCCAAUGGUGAAGCUUAA